UCCAAGCCCGUGACCACGUCACAAUAUGUACUUUUGCGCGUCCGAGUCCGAGUCCCGAAGUCCGCAUGCAUUCAUAGCCGCUGGCAUGAGUAUAAGUGCAGGCUUUGGCCCUCUCCUGGCAGAGCUUCAUCGUCCAUGUCAUCGACUCUCUUCCCCUCGUCCUACUAUGCCACCUACCUCCACCGUUUCCGACUCAGUAGAGUACGCGCACUCAGCCACGUCUUACCCAGUGGAGGAAUCCAUAAUGGAUGAACCAGAGACGAACCAGGGCCCGGGGCCGGAGCGUUCAGAACACCGGGAUAGCGCUAUUCGUCUCGAACGUGUGGCGCACAACAAGGCUACAGGUAUUGGUAUCGCUGGCGACGAUCCCAAUACCAUCCAAAGUCCUCCAGACGCUCGAUCUGGUUCUGUGGCACUCUCCGACGACCAUGUCUCAAGCAAUGGUCAACAUCAAACUUCGUCCUAUGUGCGGCGCCACCUGGAUGGGCACUGGCGGUCCGAACCAGUCCUAGUCACUACUUUCGCUGUCACGCAGUGGCUCCGCUUGAAAGAACCGAACCAGGAGCAUGGAAAAGCCUUACGCCGUGGCGCGCAACCUGAAAACCAUGCCGAGGGGCGGGAUGUACCUGCGCCAUAUCAGUUAGACCCGGACCCGGACCUGGAAGAAGAAGAGACAGUAAUGUCUUUGCUGGCGUGCAUGCCUGCAACUGCGAGGAGUCGGUCCAUUGUUUCUCAGUCUGCUGAGGUCGCCUCGGCAUACACGCCCUCCACAGUGUCGUCUGCACCUCUCGCGGAGACCGAGUCAACGCCACUCACGUCGACAUCGCAGCAGUAUGGUCCUAUGAGCGAGCCCGCUUCCGAUUCAUCCAUCUCACGGCCUAGCUCUCCCACGAUCUCGCAAGCAUCGUCAAGUGAGCUCAGCGAAGAUGACGCGUACAACGAAUACACACCUGAGGAGGAUCCAGUAGAUGUUAGCAGCAGCGGCGACUCAGGUAAAGCACAAGGCACCAGGGAAGUCGGCAAGGUCAAGAAUCGCAGCGAUCAAGCUGCUCGUAACGUCGCAUCGGGAUCCAUGAUGACCAGGAGUCGGAGUCGCAAAGCUGGCGCGGGACAUGCUACAACUCGUGCCAAGACCGGCUCCAGGGUGAGAGUCCCGCGCGCGAAACCGCAAAGUGCGCACUCUGCCCCCAAGCGCGACAACACGCCGAGAAAUCUGCUUCACUGCAAAUAUGUCGAUUGCGAUUACUCGUUCCUGGCGAGUAGAGACCUCAAGCGCCACGAGGCGACCCAUACCGGCGAGGACAGGUGGAGAUGCCUGCGAUGCCAGAAGAUACUUGCCCGACACGACUCCGCUUUGAGGCACAGUAGGCGGCAUGAGGGCCGCCCUCUCCUCGAGCGCGUCGAAGCUGCAGAGGAGUGAGGGCACCGCCACCAUCCUUCAUACUGUGUCAAUUCUCUUGAUCAACCUAUGCUAUGUACGCAGGCAAUGCACACACGGCCAUGCAUGACCUUUCCCCAAAUGCCGCCACUAGAUGUACGAGGACGUUAAUAGAGUAAAAUUUAUACUAUGACUGGCAAUGUAUGCUUACAGCACUAUGGUCCCAAAUCGCUU